AUGGGAGUUCACGCCUUUAGCCGUCUUGGUAUGCCCCAAGUUCCGAUGAUCUGCCGAAAAAUCCACAAGCCGCACUCCUUCGGCAUUUUCUAUGGAGCAAACCCAUUGGAUUACUCUUUCACACUUGUGUUGUUGGAGAUUAUCUUUGUCCUCCUCACCAGUCGUGUCAUUCGUUUUCUUCUCAAGCCACUCAAACAGCCUAGGAUUGUCUCCGACAUUAUUGGUGGUAUAUUCAUUGGACCCUCCGUUCUCGGCGGCAACAAGAAAUUCUCCUCGUACAUGUUCCCCGACAACGCCGAAUACGUGAUGAAAAACAUCGGAAUAAUAGGUUUCAUGUAUUUCCUUUUCGUCACCGGUGUGAAAAUGGAUCUCACCCUGAUAACAAAAUCAGGAAAAAAGAAUUGGUAUAUUGCGUUGGUGGGGGUGGCACUUCCGUUAAUUAUAGUUACAAUCGUGGCCUUCUUUUUGAGGGACUCCAUGGACAAGGACCUUGCAAAGAUUUCUUCCAUUGGAAUAGUUGCUUCAUCUUUUGCUAUAACAACGUUUCCCGUUCUCUAUCCUAUUCUUCAAGAGCUAAACCUCCUGAGCUCCGAGAUCGGACGGAUGGCAUUAUCCACGGCGAUAAUCAGCGACGCAGUUGGGAUCAACGCACUUCUUGCAUUCGAGGCAGCGAAACAGGGGGAAGCACAGACAAUUGGUGCACUCUGGUACAUGGUAUCUUUGGCGGUUUUAAUGGCAUUCAUGGUCACCUGCGUUCGCCGAGUAAUGGAGUGGAUUAUUGAAAAAACGCCAGCGGGGCAACCGGUUGAUCAGGGCUACGUGGUUGCGAUUUUAUUGGGGGUCUGCGGGAUCGGAUUUAUGACCGAUUUGUUCGGCAUUGCCAUCGCCAACGGGCCGUUGUGGCUGGGGCUGGUAAUUCCCGACGGGCCACCGCUGGGAACGACGCUUGUGGAGAGGUGCGAGACAAUCGUGAUGGAUAUUCUGAUGCCGUUUUCAUUUGCGUUUGUGGGGCUUUACACGGAUGUGAACACGAUGAGUGCUGCUGGGUGGUCGAGCUUGGGGCCUAUGUUUGCGAUGGCUGUGGUCGGAUACAUGUCCAAGAUGAUUGGAACGCUGCUGCCUGCUAUCUUCUUUGAUUUGCCGCUCAGAGAUAGUCUCACUCUCAGCCUCAUUAUGAGCUUGAGAGGCCAAGUGGAGCUUAUUUUAUAUAUCCAUUGGAUGGACAAAUUGAUAAUAGGGCAGCCAUGUUUCACAAUGUUGGUGCUAUUAACAGUAGUGGUGACUGGAAUUGCAACACCUCUAAUCAGCAUCCUCUACGAUCCAACUAGGCCAUACAUGGUGACUCAAAGGAGAACCAUUCAACACCUCCCUCCAGGAAAAGAGCUUCGAACACUACUUUGCAUACAUGAUGAGGAAACGGUGGCUGGGUUCAUCAAUCUUCUAGAGGCCUCCAAUCCAAGUGUUACCACCCCCUUCUCCAUCUUUGCCAUCCACCUCAUCGAGCUUCUCGGUCGUGCUGUCCCAGUGUUUAUAGACCACGAGUUGCAGGAAGUGCCUUCCCAAUACUCGGCCUACGAGACCAUUCACAACGCCUUGAGGCUGUAUCAGGCAAGCAGGCGUGAUUUCCUCAAGCUCCAUACAUUCACAGCCGUGGCACCAAAGCGAUCCAUGUACCAAGACAUUUGUAAGCUCGCCGUUGCAAACAAAGCUACUCUUAUCAUCUUACCUUACCACAACGACCGCUUGGAACAUCUGGGAGGCUCGUGGGUGGGUGUCCGAUAUGUGAACCUCAAUGUCUUAACCCACGCGCCUUGUUCUGUUGGAAUUCUUGUAGACAAAUAUAAUUUCCAAAAGCCGCUUUCAGCACUCUCCUUCCACAAUUGUCUCCACCAUUUUGUUGUGCUAUUUUUAGGAGGAGCAGACGCUCGGGAAGCGCUUGUUUACGCAGAUCGAAUGGUUAAAAACCGGGACGUGUCUCUCACUGUAAUACGGUUCCUUCCAUACAGCUCCGUUGGAGAUGUUGAGAUGGAGAAGAAGCUCGACGACGGGGUGGUGACAUGGUUUUGGGUGAAGAAUGAAAGAAAUAAUCGGGUGGUUUACAAAGAGGUGGUGGUGAGGAAUGGAUAUGAAACUAUGGCGGCCAUUCAUGCAAUGAAUCAUGAUUCUAUUGAGCUUUGGAUUGUGGGAAAACAACAAGGGAUAAAUCCAAUCCUCCUCGAUGAAUUAAUAGAUUGGAGAGAAAAUCAAGAACUUGGAGUUAUUGGGGAUUAUGUUAACUCAGUGGAAUUUGGUAGUUCUGCCUCUGUGCUAGUUGUACAACAGCAGAUUAUGAGAGGACAUGGAACACUCAAGUGUCCCGGCCGCUUUAGAUGA